CACAAAUCCAUAAAUCACAGAGCUCCUGCGUCCUAUCACCACAUCAUCAAACUCCUCCGAGAAUUUGACCGUGCACAUCUGUCUGAACUUUCAGUCAACAUGCUAAAACAAGAGCUGAGCUUGAUUACUUUGUUUUUGCUACUGUGCCAACAUGGUGUUAAAACAGUGAACAUCAUCACUUGUCACGAAGGGAUUUCCUACCUGGAUUGCCGAGGUAUUACACAUAAGCGUCUACUUACCUGUGAAUGGGAGUCCGCCCAUCUCAGCUGUGACCAUCAGGCAACCAUUACAGUGCUUUCAGCCAAGUAUGGACGCACAGACAGCUUCACCUGCUCUACAGGAAAACCAGCCAGUCAGCUCUCAAACGUUCAGUGCAUUCAGACUACAUCUCUCUCUGUGAUGGCCUCUAUAUGUAAUGGGAAACAGGAUUGUUUGGUUUCAGCGAGUAACGACGUUUUUGGCGAUCCAUGCGUGGGAACUUUCAAAUACCUGACGGUGACCUAUUCCUGUGUCCCAAUAUACCCAAAAUUUAUCAAAGUGCUUUCAGCAAAUUAUGGGCGUACAAACAGUGUGACCUGCUCUUAUGGGAAACCGGCCAGCCAGCUCUCAAACGUUCAGUGCAUUCAGACUACAUCUCUCUCUAUAAUGGCCUCUCAAUGCAAUGGAAAUCAGAACUGUUGGGCUUUUGCAAGUCACACUGUUUUCGGUGAUCCAUGCGUUGGAACUUACAAAUACCUGAAUGUUACCUACACCUGUGUCACGAGAAGGGACUCUUGGAACUUCACCGAGGCAUUUGCAGUGACAUCUCUACUGCUGCCGUAAGCUUCUGUUGAGGGAAGAGGAGAACUUCUGCUUCAGUUCUUCAUCUGUUUUAUUCAUGAGAUUGAUCUCUUUAAUACACUGAAGAAGAUGAAACAUAAUAAUCGGUUUUAGCAUCACUGUAUUUAGUAUCACAGUUAAUACAGAAGACUCUCACGCUAACAACUAAAUAUUAGUGUUCAAACGUUGUGUUAUGGGAUCAUUUAUGUAGAAUCUGUUUCUGAAUUUUAGUAUGGUAAAAUGUAAUCAUUUGGAAAUCAGUGCACGUUUGUCACUAUUACCAAAAAAUAUAAUUUUUUUUCAAUUUAUCCUGAACUGGGUCUAGGGUUUAUUCUGUCCUAAUGUAACACUGUCAGUUCAAUAAACAGCUUUUAA